CCGCCGGCCGCUCCGAAGGCUCCGACGCCGCCGCCGCCGGUCCCGGACGGAUCCGCGCGGAAGCCGAAGGCUCCCAAGAAGCAGAAGAAGAAGAAGGAUCCCAACGAGCCGCAGAAGCCCGUGUCCGCCUACGCGCUGUUUUUCCGGGAUACGCAGGCCGCCAUCAAGGGCCAGAAUCCCAACGCCACCUUCGGAGAGGUCUCCAAGAUCGUCGCUUCCAUGUGGGACAGCCUGGGCGAGGAGCAGAAGCAGGUCUACAAGCGCAAGACGGAGGCGGCCAAGAAGGAGUAUCUGAAGGCGCUCACGGCCUACCGCGCCAUCCAGAAUUCCGAGCAGAAUUCUGGUAAUUUUGAGCGGUUUUUGCGGAAUUCUGAGCGAGAUUCCAGGAAUUUUGAGCGGUUUUCCCCAAAUUCUGAGCAGGAUUCUAGGAAUUCCGAGUGUUUUUCCAGGAAUUCCGAGUGGUUUUCCCAGAAUUCCGAGCAGAAGUCUGGUAAUUCCAAGAGGAUUUGCCAGAAUUCUGAGUGGUUUUCCUGGAAUUCCGAGCAGAAUUCUGGUAAUUCCAAGCAGUUUUCCCAGAAUUCAGAGCGAGAUUCCAGGAAUUCUGACUGGGAUUCCGGGAGUUCCAAGCAGAAUUCCAGGAAUUCCGAGUGGUUUUUCCAGAACUCUGAGCGGGAUUCCAGGAAUUCCAAGUGGGAUUCCUGGCAUUCUGAGCGGGAUUCCUGGCAUUCCUAG